UCUUGAAACACGCGCGUGCGAUAAACGUACUAAGUUAAACAAAGUGUAUUUAAAGAAAAUCUUGUGUGAAAGCAGAAAUCCGUUAAAACAAAAAUACGAAAUUCAAAAUGCUGAAAUUUAUUUUGAUUGCUUGUCUUUUAGUACAAAUCGCCUUAGCGGCGCCACUUGACCAAGCGGAAGCAGAGGAGAAGGCUGAAUUGGAACGUAUGCAAAAUGAAAGUGCCCAAUAUGCCUAUGGUUCCAAUAUUGAAGAUAAUAUAAAUGAUGGAGCUAUUCAGCGUGAGGAGACGCGCGAUGGUACCAAGGUUAAAGGCAUGUACUCCUACCGUGACGGCUAUGUCAUGCGUACCGUUCACUACGAAGCCGAUGAAAAUGGCUACCGCGUCGUUAAGGAGGAUACACAAGAGAUUGGCGAUGGACCACAGUUCGAUGAGAAUGGUGAGGCCACCGUUGAAGGUUCGUUGAUUCCAAAAUACUCCAUUCGUUUGGACAAAUCCGAUAAUGAGAAACACUACAAGGAUGCGCGAUUCAGUUAAAUCGAUUACUUACAAAUCGCUUUAUAAGCUGC